AUGACAACGGGAGGCGGCAUCGAGGCGAAGCGUCCCUCAUUUAUUGUUUCACUGCAUAAUGUAAUGGAACGAUACGUACAAAGGCACUCGAAAACUCUAGCACGGCAUCAGACGUUCGUGUCUCAACCAUGCUUGGAUAUGUACUUCUCCUAUACGUCCGUGUUGGGUUCUCAUACUUUCUUUAUGUUGUUUCUUCCUCUGAUGUAUCUUAUUGUGGAUCAAAAGUUCGGCAGGGUCCUUAUUCUCUCCUCCGCAUUGGCCGUAAUCUUUGCAGCAAUGCUCAAGGACUAUGUGUGUGUGCAGCGUCCACUAAGUCCACCAGUGCGCCGGAUUGUGGUUGGCACGCAUCACCUAGAGUACGGAUUUCCAUCGACGCAUUCUGCCAAUUCGAUGACCAUGGCUAUUGUGGUGUACUACUUUGUCCAGCAAUUUCGGCCACUGCUGCAUAUCCAGGUACUGUCUGAAAUUAUUCACGGAUCAUCUCUAUGGGUCCAGUUGGCGAAUUCAUAUAUGUUUGAGAUUCUUCUCUCUUUGUAUGUGUUUUCGAUCGUCUACGGACGACUGUACCUCGGCAUGCAUACAGUGCUGGACUGUGUGACAGGAAUGCUGAUUGGUGCUCUGAGUGCAGGUAUUUCUAUCUUUUCGGAUAAUCUGUUGCUGUCGUACCUGAACUGGGGGACCGUGUUUGUGCCAUUGUCACUCUUCGUGGUUGGAUACUUGAUCUUGGCCCUGCACCCCAUUCCUAUUCAGCCAUGCCCAUGCUAUGAGGAUGUGGUAUGCUUUAUUGGUGCUUUCGUGGGUGUUGCUAUGGGGAACUGGCGGACAAAUAACUUCUACUAUGCGGAUAUGCAUCAACUCGACGCACUAUGGCGCUGGGUCAUCACGGGUGUGUCGCCUGGAUGGCAGUAUCGCAGUAGAAUGAUGUGGACUAUUGCCGUCGUACAUCGCCCGGCUGUCCGGCUGUGCGUGGCAUCUGCCUUCGCUAUCGUUCCACUCGUCCUGUGGAAGAUAGUGGCUACGCCAAUCGUGAAGACAUCCGUACCGGCGAUGUACCGCGUUUUGAUGCCUCAAAGUUCUCGGGAACCGAAGCUUGACGUCCCACAAGACCAGGCUGUUGCUAGCACGAGUGCUGUGCCACCUGCCUCCGAACUUCGGCAUCGCAUGGCCGCAGUUCCCAAGCCAGGCUCUCAGAUCGAUUCCCUAUCGUUGGAACGUAAAAUGCCUAGUAGGACGACAGAACUCUUCUGCCAAGACCUCCCGCGCCUUAUUGUGUACACGGGCAUUGGAUUUAUCGGAGCCAGCUUCUCGCACUAUCUGAUUGAGUACUUUGCGGUGCAACCCAUUCAUUCUGUGCAAUAG